AUGUCCGCAACAACCAAAUUCAUCAUUUUUGGGGUUAUAGCUCUAGUUGCCUUGGUAGUAGGAGUUACGACACUUACCUCCGGCGAUUUUAUUGCAUACAUUGUCGGUGAGGCAGCUUGCGGAGCCUUGGCAGACAUAAAUAGGGGAGCCGGAAAUAUGGCCAACCGUAUGGAACGGGGUGAAGAAAGGGCUAUCAGUAACAUGGAACAAGCCUACUUUAGAAAUUAA